GACCGAGGCAGCAGCGUCGGUGAGCAAGUGACCGCUACCCAUCCAGCCGCUGCACCACCCCACCACGCCGCAGCAGCCAAGUGCCCCGUUGUGCACUCGUCCCGUCGUCGCCGCGGCCAGCAUGGCGUAUCCGUACCAGUACCAGUCGCAGACGGCGGCCGCCGCGCCGCUGCAGGGGCCCAGCGCCUUCGCGUCGGACCCGCUCGGCGACGCCAGCGCGCAGCGCUUCACCUACCUGUUCAACCUCGCGCACCAGCAGUACAUGGGCGGCUACUACCAGGAGGCGCUGCGCCUCUGCGAGCAGCUCUACGAGUCGGACGCGUACCGCACCGACAACUUGCUGCUGCUCGGCGCGCUGCACUUCCAGCUGGGCAACCUCUCCGAGAGCAUCUUCUACAACCAGCAGUGCAUCCGCGUGGCGCCCAACUUUGCCGAAGCGUACGGCAACUUGGGCAACGCGCUUAAGGAGCUCGGCGACCUGGCCGGCGCCGUGCAGUUCUACGUGCGCGCCAUCAAGCUUAACCCGCGCUUCGGCGACGCCUACAACAACCUGGCCAACUGCUACAUGCUGCUGGGCCAGAACAACGAGGCCGUAGAGACGUACAAGAUGGCCAUUAUGCUGGACCCGCAGCUCGUGGACGCGCACAGCAACCUGGGCAACCUCUACAAGGUGCAGGGCCGCGUUGAGGACGCCAAGCUAUGCUACGAACAGGCCAUCCGCGCCAAGCCCAGCUUCGCCAUCGCCUGGAGCAAUUUGGCCGGGCUCCUAAAGGAGGACGGCCAGCUGGAGGCCGCGAUUGACCACUACAGAGAAGCCAUCCGACUGGCCCCGGACUUUGCCGACGCGUACAGCAACCUGGGCAACGCCCUGAAGGAGGCCGGCCGCGUGGAAGAAGCUAUCCAGGCGUACAAAUCGGCGCUACAGAUCCGACCGAACUUCGCGAUCGCUCACGGCAACCUGGCUAGCUGCUACUAUGACGCGGGUCAGAUGGAGCUGGCUAUCCACACCUUCCGCCACGCGAUUCAGCUCGAGCCCAACUUCCCGGACGCGUACAACAACCUCGGCAACGCGCUGCGCGAAUGCGGCCAGCUGGAGCAGGCUGUUACUUGCUACCGCACGGCGCUGCAGCUCAAGCCGGACCACCCGCACGCGUACAACAACCUGGGCAACGCCCUAAAGGACAAGGGACUCGUGAAGGAGGCGCUGCACUGCUACACGACCGCUGCGCGUCUGUUGCCGCAGUUCGCAGCCGCGCACAGUAACAUCGGCAGCGUGCUGAAGGAGCAGGGCAAGCUGGACCAGGCCCUAGCACACUACCAGCAAGCAAUCACUAUCGACCCCAACUUCGCCGAUGCGUACAGCAACAUGGGCAACGUGUUCAAGGAUCUGUGCCGUCUGGAAGAGGCAAUCCAGUGCUACUCGACAGCGAUUCGCCUUAAGCCGCAGUUUCCCGAUGCGUACAGCAAUCUGGCCAGCGCCUACAAGGACGGCGGCCGUCUGGACGACGCCAUCACCUGCUACCGCAAGGCUCUGGCGCUGCGCCCGCACUUCCCGGACGCGUUUGCCAACUACUUCCACUCGAUGGUGUUCAUUUGCGACUGGCAGUCGCGCAAGCACGACACGGAGACGCUGCAGCGCUUCGUGGACGAGCAGCUGAGCAUGGACGGCGUUUUGCCUUCUGUGCAACCGUUCCACGCGCUGGUGUAUCCUCUGUCGAUGCAGCGCUUUCAGGACAUUUCCCGGCGGUAUGCUGAACGCGCGAAGCUCAAUGUGAGCCUGGUGGACCUGCCGCCCAUGCGCUUCAGGAGCAAGCGCGCCUCGGAGCGACUGCGUAUCGGUUACGUGUCCUCGGACCUGGGAAACCACCCGCUGGCGCACCUCAUGCAGAACGUGUUCGGCAUGCACGACAAGUUUAAGUACGAGGUGUUCUGCUACGCCACCUCGCCUGAUGAUGGAUCAAUUUGGCGCAAACAGAUUUCCGGCAGCGUCGAGCAUUUUGUUGACAUCUGCGCUCUCUCGAACGGCGAUGCGGCACGCACCAUCCACGCGGACGGAAUUCACAUCCUUGUGAACCUGAACGGCUACACGAAGGGCGCGCGCAACGAGAUCUUUGCGUUGCAGCCCGCGCCCGUCCAAGUGAGCUACAUGGGCUUCUGCGGCACGCUCGGAGCGGAUUACAUCCAGUACAUGGUUGGCGAUGCCACAGUCGUGCCCCCGGAGUACAGGCGGUACUUCACGGAGAAGCAGAUCAACAUGCCGCACUCGUACUUCGUGAACGACCACAAGCAGUCAGCUCGCGACGUGCUGGACACGGAGAAGUGCCCAACGCGUGCCGACUACGGAGUGCCCGAUGACAAGUUCGUGUUCUGCAAUUUCAACCAAGUGUACAAGAUCGACCCCGUCACGUUCACGACAUGGAUGAACAUCCUCAAGCGCGUGCCCAACUCGGUGCUGUGGCUGCUUCGCUUCCCGCCCAUCGCGGAGGCUAACAUCCGUGCCGAGGCUCGCGCUCGCGGAGUCAAGGACCAGACGCGGCUGAUCUUCACGGAUGUCGCACCCAAGAACGAGCACCUGAAGCGCGGAUACCUGGCGGAUCUUUUCCUGGACACGCCGGAGUGCAAUGCACACACGACCGGGUGCGACAUUCUGUGGGGCGGCACCCCGAUGGUGACGAUGCCCAAGGACAGAAUGGCCACCCGCGUGGCCUCAAGUCUGCUGCGCGCCGCCAACAUGAGCGAGCUGAUCACGAAUUCUCUAGAGGAAUACGAGGAGCUCGCGGUGGCGCUGGCGAGCGACAUGGAUCGACUGUGGGAGCUGCGUCGGCGGCUUGAGGACGAGCGGCUUCGCUGCCCGCUGUUCGACACCGAGCGCUGGGUGCGCAACCUAGAGACGGGCUUGGUCAUGGCCUGGGAGCGCCACGAGAACGGCCUCGCACCCGACAACAUCGACGUGCCGGAUAUUUAUGACCUCGAGCAGCUGAACAACGGCCCUGUCGGCAGUAGUGCGCUGCCGAUGAGUGCGUUGCUAUCCGGUGGCAUGCCGGCCGCCACGAGACCAACCCCCGCCUUCGAGCAGCAAUGAGUUUAAGGAGUGUAGUAACCUCGAGCCCACCCCACCCACCCCCUUUUUCGAAAUGAAGCGCUGUUGCAGCGACGAAUGAGUAUUUG